CUGGCUUUAAGGCAAGGUCUCUCUCCUGAAAGUACCUCUCCCAAUCCUUCGUCUGACAAACCGCCCACCAUCGCGGAAGUCCCAGAAAAGGCUGAGUCUCCAACUCCAACUAAUCAGUGCCGUCUGCAGAUUCGUUGUCCCUCGGGCCCUCCACUCAUAGCCCACUUCAAGGCUAGCGAGCCACUUAGUGCUGUGGCCCUCUACAUCAUCCAAAAUUGGGCCCAAGCACCGCCUGGCAUGACGACGGCACAGCUGCGACUUUUGACAAGCUUUCCUAAACGAGCCUAUGCCCAAGUGCUGUGGUGA